AUGUAUCCGAUUGCGAGACUCGCGUGUAUUUGUUGAAUGUGUUGUGCAGUUUAUUGGAAUCGACCGAAUUGAGCAAUCCUGGACUGGUGGAAGAAAUGGUGGGAUUGUUGGACGAACUAUGGCAACUCGGUAUGUUCCCUCUCUCGUCCUUGACCAUGUUUUGGAUUAA